AUGGUUGACUCGUCGGCGUCACCACCAGCGCCAGAAAAUACGAAAAGUAGGGUUCCUAUAUGGAUUCCAGUAUCUGCGUUCAUUGGCACGAGUUUGGCUUUGGCCAUUCCAUUGUUCAUGCUACGUAGGCAGCGCACAGGAAAACUCAAUCGGUUACCUCUGAAAGGUUCGACGGCACCUCCGCCAAGAAGGGCGACAGGAACUGCUGCUGCUUUACCUGUGACAACAGCUCCCAGUCCGCAAAAUACAACGGUUGUUCACGAAAGCAUCAAGGAAGCUUUGAACGCCGACGGUCCAUCCCUUUCAUCAGCGCUUGCCCAGAUGAACGCAUCAUCUGGCCUACUAGCGGCCAAAGCUUUUGCCAUUGCCACGGGACUGGUCGCGGUAGGAGGUUUUGGGAUGGUUUGGAUGGUGAAAACGACACUCGGUGUGUCGGAUGCGCGUGAAUUCGGUCACAGAGCGAGAACCCUCAUACGUUUGAUUGCCCCGAGCUUAACCUCAAGGAUACACCGAGCAUCAGAAGAAGAUGCUGCACGCGGAGACCCACCUUUGGAAGGUAUGGAAGAUUGGAAGUGGUCGGAAGCCGAGGGACGAUUAAGCAUUGCCUACGAAAAAGGAGGGUUUCCACUUUGGGCACAAAUGGUGGUUCACGAACUUGAAGCUGAAGCCCGCGUUGAACGCAUCAAGCGAGAGAAGGAGUCAGUAACAAAACAAGGUCGAGAAGUUUCCUAG